AUGGAUAUGACAAAUGACAUCGUGUGGCUCACCAUAGCACUUGCUUCCAUCACCGUGGUAAUUACCAAGGCUAAAAGGAAAACAGCUAAGCUUGAUCCAAAAUGCAUUAGGAUGCCUCCACCAGCAGUGAAGGGUCUUUCUAUCAUUAGAAUUUUGCAUACACUUCUUACGAAAGGUCUGCAACAAAUGAUCCAUGAUCAAUAUAAAAAGUUGGGGAGUGUGUUCACAGUACGUUUCUUUAGAAUGAAGGCAACGUUCUUGAUUGGGCCAGAGGUCUCUGCUCAUUUUUAUCAAGGCACCGAUUAUGAGAUUAGCAAUGGUGUUGGCCUCGAGUUUACUGUACCCAUGCUUGGCAAAGAGGUUGGCUAUGGCGUGGACAGUGCCACCCGAAAUGAGCAGUUUCGUGUCUUCUAUGAUGUUCUAAAACCAUCAAAGUUGAGGAGCCAUUAUGGUUCCAUACUUCAAGAAGUGGAGGAGUACUUUGAAAAAUGGGGACAUCAAGGCAUAGUUGACCUAAAGCAAGAAUUGAACCAAUUACUCAUGCUAAUCUCUGGGCGAUGCUUACUGGGGAAACAGGUUAGGGAGAAGAUGCUUGAUGAGUUCUUUACUCUGUUCCAAGAACUCACCGAUAAAUUCUUCCCGUACGUCCCAACUCCAGCAACUCGACGACGUGACAUAGCACGUGCCAAGCUCUCAGAGAUGCUCACUGAAAUUGUGAGAUCACGCAAGGAAUAUAGCCAUGUUGAGAAUGACGUGCUGCAGAACUUUAUUGAUUUCAAAUAUAGUGAUGGUCGGUCUACAACAGAAUCAGAGGUCAUUGGAUUGAUGAUUACUUUGAUCCUUGCAGGAAAACAUACAAGCACCAUCACUAGUAUAUGGACAGGUGCUCACUUGCUUGCUAGUGCAAGGAUCCUGAAAUCUGUCCUCGUGGAGCAAAAGAUAUUAAUCAGUAAGUACGGGGAUCAUUUAGACUAUAAUGCCUUUCUAGAGAUGGACACCUUGCAUAAUUGCAUCAAAGAGACGCUACGCAUCCAUCCUCCAGUUGCUAUAUUUCGUCGCAAGGUACAUAAGAACUUCAUUGUACAGACAAAGGAUGGUAUUGAAUAUGAGAUCCAUAGCGGGCAUACCUUAGUAAGCCCAGUGAUAUUCAAUAACAAUUUACCUCACAUUUAUAAGGACCCAGAUGUGUAUGACCCAGACCGAUUUGGUCCUGGAAGAGAAGAAGACAGAGUUGGUGGUAAGUUUGCUUACACGUCAUUUAGUGGUGGAAGGCAUGCUUGCAAAGGCGAGUCAUUUGCUUAUUUGCAAAUUAAGGUGAUAUGGAGCUAUUUGCUAAGAAACUUUGAGCUAAAAUUGGAAUCUCCUUUUCCUGAUCCUGAUUGGACCAAGCUAGUCGCGGAGCCUAAAGGAAGAGUAAUGGUGAGUUACAAGAAGCGGCUGCUAGCUACCACCGAGGUUGUGCAUGCCUAG